AUGGCGGUCAAAGCUGCAGUGCCGUUCUUGGUGGCUAUGAUGCUGUUGACGGGUGUGUGUAACACACUGCUAACCAAGUACCAAGACAUGCAAUGCGUCAACAACUGCGACUCCCCUUCGCCGAAACAUCGCGACCAUUUCGAACAACCUGUCCUGCAGACCCUUCAGAUGUUCAUGGGUGAAAUGGGUUGCUGGCUGGUGAUUGGUGUCUUCCAACUCUACCAGCGGUAUGCCAGCGCAAAGGCCGGCUACGAGGCCAUUCCAGAUAAUGAAGGGUCAGAUGACAGUGAAACGGGUGCUGUCGCCAACCCGUUGAGGCCCGCACAUCCCGAUGACGAGGGCAGAAUACCGCUCGAGGGACGCAGCAUCUUCUUGUUGGCGCUUCCGGCCUGCUGCGAUAUUGCCGGAACCACGCUCAUGAAUGUUGGCCUGCUGUUUGUCGCUGCUAGUAUCUAUCAGAUGACCAGAGGCGCAUUGGUCCUUUUUGUCGGUUUGUUCAGCGUGUGGUUCCUCAAGCGCCAUCUUGGUCUCUACAAGUGGUUCUCGCUCUUUGUUGUCGUAGCUGGUGUCGCUGUCGUCGGACUCGCAGGUGCUAUCACCAAAGAUGACAAAGCUUCGCCCGGUCAUCAAUCGAUUCAUGAUGAGGCAACCGGCUCAGUUGGUGUCGACGCGGCGACUUCGCAGGCCGCCAUGACCAUUAUCGGUGUCCUGCUUAUUGCUGGUGCGCAAAUCUUCACUGCGACACAGUUCGUGCUUGAAGAGAGGAUCAUGGAGAAGUAUGCUAUGGAGCCAAUUAAGGUUGUAGGCUGGGAGGGUAUUUUUGGCUUCUUGGUUACGCUCAUUGGCAUGAUCAUCCUACAUUUCGCCAUCGGAACUGGAUACUUCAACGCCAGAGAGGGACUGUACCAGAUGACGCACUACCGUGCCAUCGCAGUGUCCUCGCUGUUGAUCAUGGUCAGCAUUGGUGGCUUCAACUUCUUCGGUCUAUCCGUAACUCGGACCGUCUCCGCUACUUCGCGCUCCACGAUUGAUACUUGCCGCACACUCUUUAUCUGGAUCGUGUCGCUUGGCCUUGGUUGGGAGACGUUCAAGUGGCUUCAGGUUGCGGGUUUCGCUCUGCUAGUGUACGGUACCUUCUUGUUCAAUGACCUCAUUCGUCCGCCGAUCAAGGCAUGUGUGGAAAGGAAGAACGAGCCCCUGCUACCUGAGGGCCCCAUCGAGCAUCUCUAG